AUGUUUUGGACCUGCGACUACCACACUGUCCCGUCAGGGUCUAAGCCAACCAGAUACGCCCCUACACUCCAGCUGCUGAAGUGGACAACCUUGAGGAAGCUGACCAGGUAUGGCGUUUUCCGUCCCGGGAGAGGGGCUGUACCUCAGUACAAGAACGUACCCGGAUUCGCGAAUUCAUAUAUGCGAACGGGUGAUGACAGUGUUACCACUUGGUUUGCUUUUCUUCAUUUGAAUGCGAUUGCUUACACCCUUCGGCACGCCCUGACUUUAGGAGCAGUAAUCGACGCGGGCGAGGGAGGCGACUGCACCCUCGGCUGGUUCCCCUGCGUGUCCGUGAAUCGGUGUGUGGAAAGAAGGUUCAUCUGCGACGGCUUUGCGGACUGCGUGGACGGCAGCGACGAGUGGAACUGCACCGAUUAUCACGUCGACGACUUCGUUGACAUGCUGUACCGCAAACGCCCGGACGAAGACUCCGAGAAGCGAAUCGGACAGUGCGAGUUGGGCGAUCCUCCGCCACAGUGCAGAUGCGCGGACUACAGCCUCUUCUGCGAAUCGCGAGGACUCAAAACGCUGCCGAAGCCUGUUCCGGCUUCUGCAGAAUACUUAGACAUCUCGGGAAAUACGAUAGAUGUUCUGGAUUCUUCCAGCUUCUCCCCGCUGCCGGAACUGAGGGUCCUUGUCGUGAUCCAUGCGGGCGUGACGGCGCUUCGCAAGGGCGUCUUCUCAUCCAUGGGCGAGAUUGAAGAAAUACACCUGACGGGGAACAACCUCGUUACUGUGGAGAACGGCACGAUGGACGGCACGCGAUCGCUCUCGCACCUUCAGCUGAGCAGCAACAACAUCUCCAGCAUCCCUGACGGAUUCUUCCUCCAGAACGUGCGACUCACAAGGCUCGAACUCAACGACAAUAGCCUGACAGAGAUUCGCCCGGCCAUGUUCUACGGUCUAGUCAGCUUGUUAAACCUAUACAUAGAACGCAAUAAAAUGGAGUACCUCCCAGGGGGCGUGUUCUCCUCGAUGCCCAGAUUGCAGUUCCUUUACCUGGGAGCCAAUCGUCUGCGCACCAUCGCUCCGGGAACGUUUAACGGGCUUUUCUACCUCCAUCUGCUGUCCCUGGAGAGGAACCAGCUCCGCAGCCUCGAUAACGGGACCUUCGAGGGCCUGGCGUCCGUAAAGACGUUGAUUCUUCAGGACAAUGCCAUGGAGAGCUUUGAGCCCGGGACCUUCAGCAAUCUCGUCUCGGUUGAGAUGUCUCAAGGGGAAUGGCUUGAGUGAACUUCCUGAUGGUGAAGUUUUUGGAGACAUGACGAAGCUCCAGUACAUUUACUUCGACGAAUUCCGGCAGUGUUCUCUGGCUCUCCACGUCCGCCAGUGUGAACCGAAGGGGGAUGGCAUAUCGUCCGUUGAACACCUUCUGGACAGCAUCGUACUUCGGAUAUGCGUAUGGGUGAUGGGCCUGAUGGCGUGCGCCGGCAACAUCCUGGUCCUGGUGGGGCGCUACGUGGUCAAGGAGCCGAACCGCGUCCAUUCCUUCUACAUCAAGAACCUGUCUCUCUCCGACCUCCUGAUGGGCGUCUACCUCUUCAUCAUCGCCUUCUACGACGCCUCCUUCCGGGGCACGUACAUCCGGCACGAGACCUCCUGGCGCCGCUCCUGGCAGUGCAGCUUCUGCGGCUUCCUCAGCACCCUGAGUUCCGAGGCAUCCGUGCUCACCCUCACCACCAUCACCCUCGACCGCUAUUUCUCGAUCGUCCAUCCUCUCACCCUCAAGGAGAGGACCUUCCGCGCCGCCGCCGGAGUCAUGGCCACGAUCUGGACCUUCGCCGCCCUCCUGGCCCUCCUGCCGGUCGUCGGCCUCGCCUACUACGGGGACAACUUCUACGGGAGCAACGGCAUGUGUCUGCCGCUGCAUAUACAUGACCCGUACGCGAAGGCCUGGGAGCACUCCGCCGCCAUCUUCAUCGGCCUGAACCUCGUCGCCUUCAUGUUCAUCGCCUACGCCUACAUCAGGAUGAUCAUAGCCAUCCAGGAGUCGCGGAUGUCGCUCAGGUCGACGCAGGAGAAGCAGGACAGGAUCUUGGUGAAGCGUUUUGCCUUCAUCGUCGGCACGGAUUUCCUGUGCUGGAUGCCGGUUAUCAUCAUCAAGGUUGUGGCGCUGUCAGGGGUUGGAAUUGACAGGACAUUAUAUGCCUGGUUGGCUGUGUUUGUCCUCCCUGUUAACUCGGCCCUGAACCCUAUCUUGUACACGCUGGCGACAAAGAUCUUUAAGCAGCAGGUAAAUGUCGUGAAGAUGGUCUUUAACAUGAGUCGGUGGCCGGUGAGUCAGCCCCGGACGGGCACCGACUCAAACCCUUCGAACUCGUACGUGAUGCUGUAUCGCGGGAGAUUCCAGACUAUGUCAACGCGCACCGCCUCGCUCUGGUCGCACCGAACGCGGAGACUGAGCAUAGACCAGAGAGGGGUUUAUGGCAUUGCCCACUCUGCCCCCCCGCCCUGCACCUGCCCGCCCACCUGUGAGAUCUGA